CAGCACUCAGCAUGCGGUGGCCUCUUGCGGCGCUGCUCGGCUCGGCCCUCGUGGCUCGACAGGCGCUUGCCGAACUGACGUUCACGGUCGAGGCCACGCGGAACGGCGUCCCGAUCCCAGCGUCCGAGAUCCGGCUGGAGCCGUUUGAGCCCGGCCGUACCCGCAUGGGCGCCGUCGCAGAAGCCCCCCGAGCCCAGCGAAAGACGCGGAGGAGCAACGCCCAGGCCGACAGCGCCAACUGGUGCGGCUCCGUCAACAUGGCGCCCACGGGCACCAAUAUCCAACUCGCCCACGGCAGCUUCCAGCAUCCGUCGUGUUCUAUACGGCCUGGGUAUACCUUUCCUCAGGCGGCUGCCAGCUGGGUGGGCAUCGACGGGGACUCCUACCGAGACGCACUGCUGCAAGCGGGAACGGUAUGCAAGAUCGACAACUCCACGGGUGUCGUCAGGCACGAGGCUUGGUGGCAAUGGGUUCCCUCGGCAGCCUUCACCAUCACCUCCAUGCCAGGUCAGUCAAACACCACUGGCUUCUGUAUUCCCUAUUCGGCCCCUUUUGUUUCCCUCUGUUUCUUCGGCCGCACACGAACGUGCUUGUUCCUUCACUGACUCGAGGAAUCAUUAAAAAGUGGCUCCGGAUGACUGGUUCGAAGUCACCCUCAACACAACUUCCACCACGUCAGCAGAAAUGUGAGCCUCCCCCCU